GUCUGAAGCAUACACGUAGCACAAACUGUCAGCACUGUCGUGAGUCACGGUGACAAAAGGGGACCGAAUGAAAGCUUGUACUUUUGUAUUGCUCCUGAGUUUGUGUGAACUGGUGACGGGAGACAAGUUUGGGUCUAAAGACAGUGAAUUCCGGACAAGUACGAUCGUCCUUCUUAUUGUUGGAAUCGUCCUUGGCGUUUCUCAUAUUAUUUGCUGGUCAGUAUCAUGCGUCAAAGCUAUAAAAGACCGUGCAGCCAUCAAACAACGGAAUAAGAUUAUUCGUCAAGCCACGGAAUUUAAACGAGCACCUCACAACUUUAUAUUGUCAAAGUUUUCCCAAUUACAUGGUUCACUGCGAAGUAGCAAAACGACUUUGUCGUCAUCGGAUUGGAAACCCGGCUUUCUAAGACAGACAAAAAGAAGUUCGGACAGCUAUUGGCUUAGUCACCCAGAAGUGUUUUUUGACGACAUGCACAGCCACCAGUUUUCCGCGUCCACUUUCGUUGCGCUUUCUGAUCCCCAAUGGUAUCGAAAUGCUCGGAAUAUACUCCAGCUGGGUGAAGAAGGAGCUGGGGAACAACUUUCACAAACUUCGUCAACUAACAGAAACCCUCUUCCAGCUACUCAAACUGUCCCAAUGCCAUCUACGCACCUGUCUUCAUCGAAUGCCCGUCACGCAAACUGGAAAGCAGUUAAGCCCGAUCAAGUGGACAGUGAACCGUCAGGCUAACACACCCUGUCCCUUCACCGAAUCAGCGGGGUAAAAACAUGAAGACAGAUCUCCAUCCUGGAUCUUUUUCAUGCGAUCAUUCAUACCGUGGGUGUCGGCUGUGGAUGAGAUUUGGUUGAACGAACCCGACUGCUUAUCGACACGAAUUCCCGCGGAUGCAAACAAAAGCUGCUUCAUCUCCUUUGUUUUGGGCACGAUUUUGCACCGUGACAAAUAUUCCCAAAUGAUAUCCCUUGGAGCACUGUACACCACUUCCCUGCAAGGUUGUAGAUAAGAAAUUGAGAAUAUCAUAAAGAAGUCAAUUACAGAAAUGUGGCAAUCGAGGGAACUCAAUUCGAAAUUUUUUAUUACUUCUAUCAUUUUGUCGUCUAUUCAAUAACAAUUUUAGUUUAGACCACCCACUAGUAAAAUAUAACUAAUAGAAGUCUAUUGGGUUAACUAUUUGAAAAUUUAUUUGAGCCUUUCUUAGGCUCAUAACAUGAGUGUUAACAGCA